AUGGCCGGUUUCCGCGCUUUGGGUUUGGACCCCUGGUUUCAGGCAGAGCAGCUGGGCUUGUCAAGGCCCACCCCGGUGCAGGAAGCCUGCAUCCCUCCCGCCCUGCAAGGUCGCGACUGCAUGGGCUGUGCCAAAACAGGAAGUGGAAAGACAGCUGCCUUUGUGCUCCCCAUCUUGCAGAAACUUUCUGAAGAUUCUUUUGGCAUCUUCUCCCUGGUCUUGACACCAACAAGAGAACUGGCCUAUCAGAUAGCUGAGCAGUUCCGUGUCCUUGGGAAGCCUCCUGGUUUAAAGGACUGCAUCAUUGUUGGGGGAAUGGAUAUGGUCUCUCAAGCCCUGGAGCUGUCUCAGAAGCCCCAUGUUGUCGUCACUACCCCUGGCCGCCUGGCUGAUCAUCUGAGAAGUUCCAACACCUUCAGCCUUCGAAACAUCAAGUUCUUGGUCCUGGACGAAGCUGACCGAUUGUUAGAACAAGGCUGCACUGACUUUACCAAAGACUUGGAAGUCAUCAUGGCUGCACUUCCAGCCAACAGGCAGACAAUGCUCUUCAGCGCCACCCUGACAGACACACUGAAUGAGCUCAAGAAGAUCGCCAUGAACAAACCCUUCUUCUGGGAAUCGAUAUCUGAGUGA